AUAAGAAUUUGUCAUGUAUGGCCCUUAUGGAGGAUAUAUCCGACCUCCCAGUGGGGCGAUGCAUACCCCUACUUCGAAUCAGAAAAGCAACAGAAUUGUUCUGGUGAAGAAUCUUGACGAUAUAUAUCCUGUAGUUCACUCAGGAAUGACACUACGCGAAUUAAAGGCGGCUACCGCCUUGCGCUUAACUAGAUCCAUUGUAUAUCUCUACACUACCAAGCCUAUUAAACUCUUCCCCCAGAGGGUUUCUUUUAAUGAAGUUUCAUUAUCUCCACAAUACAGCGAUGAUUAUUAUAAAGCUGAACCAUAUUAUCGACAGUACUCUCCAUACUAUAGCAAUUAUCCAAAUUACUUACCCCAACAUCACGGUCUAACCAGAGGCCCUCCUUUCUAUCCUUAUUGAAUCAGUCGAACUGCUGCUGUAGAAUAGUUUAAAGGGAGCAUUCCUAAGUAUAACUUU